GUUGGAAUGUCAUAUUUUAGGGGAUAAUACCCACACGGACAGAUGAUGUUUGAUGUCUGUGUUUUUGUUUUGAUGUUGCUUUUUUAUGCUCUUUCUUCAAUUCUUUCUAGCAUGAGUCAUAAAGAUCCACUUAGGAGAAGAUUAACCAUUAAAGGGACCAUUGCUCAUUCAUUGUCGGGAUAUUUGAAAAAAAACAGAAGACAAAAAUUGACUACAAAUGCCUCAUUUACAAGAUGUUUUGCUGAAAGUAUUUUUCGACGGAAAAUUGCUCUUUCUGGAGGAAAGGCACUGAAACUAAUGCCAAUCCCUCCUCUGGGAACCCGUUAUAAACAUGCUUCCGGUUUAUUUUUGCAGUGUUUAUCAAACUAUUUAUAAACAGCAUUGUGCUGCCGAAAGAUAAGCAAAAGCCCUUAUCAACAACGACUGAUCUAAUAAUGGUCACAUACCGUGUGUAGAUACGACACGACACGGUAGAAACAACCAACAAAAACCAUGGCGCGGUGUAGGGACCCGACCUUCUCUGAUUGGAUUUGAAAAAUAAAGUUAAUUCCCUGCUAAUGUGAUGCACCCUUCAAAUUCGUUUCGUUUUGAUUUAAUCUCUCGCUAGAAAAGUCACUUUCGUGAUAUCCUUUUUCACAACCGAACCAUUAGGGAUUAGCAAGGAUGGUACUAGAUCAUGACGUCCUAGUUUGUGUGGACACGUACGAAAGAUGCGCACCAGAACCGUGAGCACCCCACUGAUAUUCCAUCACUCGUCAUUAGAGUCGGCCGUCGGGAAAGAUCUCACCGUGGAAUCGCGAGGGGAAGCGGCGAACCCUAUACGUAAAAGUGCAACUUUGUCACCGGACACGUGCCGGUUUCGCCAGGUUCGUGUGAUCACCCUUAUCACUUGCACACAUCUGCUGCCUCGCUGACCUUUAUCAUUUGCUGGUGGUGAGAAAAGGGUGAGAAAAUCCUUUCCGUGUGUUUCCUGUUUAUUUUUUUUGGUUUUGCUUUGUAUCCUUUGAUAUCGCCUCUCCCGUUGCUUAGUUUUAUUUCGUACACCAGCAAUCGCUUUUCUCUCUUUUCCACACCGAUCAGCUCACUCGCUUGCACACAUGCUCUGACUCACACAUCUAGUUAUCCGGAAUGUUAUCCUUCUAUUCAUAAAAUUCACCGAACGAGAAUGGUGAGCGUAAGCAGCUGAUGUUGCUCACGCUUGGUUAUCGUCCGUUCACGUUCACUCUCUCGUUCUCUCUCUCUCUUUUUCUCUGUUUACAUCGAAUGUAUGUGCGCGUACGAAAGUUGCCAUCAGCCGCAGCAUGGCCGUUUUGUUGGAAAGCGUGCGUUUUUCAGUUACGUUUCACUCUCCCAGAGAGCCGCACCUGCACCUUGACGAGGAGCGCGAUUUUUGUUCCAUUCUCGACGGUCAUGAUCCAUGUGCUUUUGGGAAGGUUGUUUGAUGCAACUUUAACGCGCGCGACUGUGUGUGUGUGUAUUUAGCGUGAUUGUUUUACCUUUUGCGUUUGGUGAGCACUGCUGUGAUGAGCGUUAUCAUACGAUCUACCUGCAUGUCACCGGUGUGAUGUGUCGCUGCUGAUAAAGUGAAUAGUGAGCGAUGUGUUUGAGUGUUUUUUUGCUUUCAUUUUGUCAUAUUCUUUUGUUUAAAGUCGUGUCCAAGUGUUGCAAAGCGAUGUGAAUUAAAAAGCGAUCCCAAAAAGUAUUCUUAUUAAGAAAAAAAGUGUCCGAAUUCGUUAUGCUUGGCGGCAGCGGUGAUUAUCGCAUCAGUAUGUUUGUUGGUCAGCUUCAGUUGUUGUGGCACCUAGCGCUAGUGAUUAUGGUAGUAAUUGAUCGCAAAGUGAAGGAAAGUGCUGCACACAGUGAAAUUGUGUUUACCAAAAAGUGUAUUUGAUGCAGUGUUAAAUAAAUAGCACGCAGUGGAAUGUGCCGUUUCGUGUGCCCGUUUGGUAUAUGUUUGAAUUGAUACAAAAUGAAAAUAAAAAUUGUUCAAUAAAAAUACAUCUUCGGUGUGGGCGUGCACGUGUGCCAAUAUUUGUGAUACGCCGGUUAAGCUUCGCGCACUCAACAUCAACAAUCGAACGUGCGAAAACAUCAGACAAACGGAAGAGAAAAAUCAUCACAUCCCAAAACUCCUUUUUCUCCUGUACCGCGUAUCCUUGUUGGGGCUUUAGAAGUGAUGAAAAAAAAGUAGUAGAACAAAAAACUUCAUUUCCAACAAAAGGUGGAGAAACUCCAACAUCCCAACAACGGUGGAGUCCAGAAGAAGAAAAAAAGGAAACUGCUACCAAUGCUUUCGAUGUUGUGAAAUCAAAUAAAAAUCCUUAUAAAAAAUCAAAUCCCGCUCCUGCUGCAACCAUUUGAGAGAUGUGAAAUAUUUGCCCAAUUCGGGUUGCAACUCUUCGCAUUUGGUUUCCACCACUCCGAACCUAUCCGGUGGGGUUGGGACACGGUUGAGGGAAACCUGGACAACAGUAAACAAUUCGUUCGACACCCGAAUGCAGCUCGGCAUGACUAUCGAAUGCUACGCAAUUAUGGCAACAGGCAUGGGUAAGUCACCAAAUUCAUCUUCAUCGUUCUGUUUCGCAGACGAGCGCAUAAGAAAUAUCCGGCAAGUUAUUUUUUUUUUUAAAUUAUAUUUUCAUGAUAUUCUUUAAUACCUGAACUACUUAAUGUUUUCAGCGUUUUUUUUUAAUUUCUUGGUGAUUAUGUUGGAAACAAUUUCAACACCAAUCUAAAGAGUUGAGUUAUGUUUUCAAUAUUUUUUAACCGCAAAAAUAAUUAUGAUUAGAAGGAUCCAGCCUUUCAGUCAAAAUGUCAAAUAUGGCAGUUCUCCUCGAGAUAUACCUUUAAAAAAAAACAAACCCAUUUACAAUUAGAUAAUGGUUCGUUGUUUUUUUUUAAAUAAACAACUUACUUUGCACUCGUAUUUAUCAACAUACAGCAACACUUGGCAAGCUAAACGGUUGCCUUUUGGUGUUGUUGGUUUUUCGCCAACCCCAUUUUAAUCGCCACCAAUUGAAUCUACUUAGUCGUAAGUACGGACGGACCGGGACAAUCAUACGCCAAGUGCAUCUAAACUAUCGGCUUAUCUUUACGCUUCACCUGCGCUCAAAACCCGCAUUCCAAUUCGCCCCAAACCCGGCUUUUGGAGUAGGUUACACGGGUGGACGAGUGGAGGUUUGUUAGUGUUCUGCAGAAACGCUGCACUUAUCAUCAACACUUUAUCAUUUCGUUCGUGGUGUGGGACACUGUAUGUAAAACAGGCGCUGAUGGUAUUUUUGCAUUUAGACACUGGGUGUGUUUUGUUUUUUUUUUCUCGCACACGUGGUCGCUUCACUUUUAUUGCUUCACUUAUUUUGCAUUCCCGUUGCGCGAGUUUUUUUUCUUUGGUUGUUGUUUUGUUUCCGCUUUACCUUCUUUCGGAUACCUCGGCCGCUUAUCACGUGGGAAGCUAGUCAAACGCGAAGGCACUUCGUAAAAUAGUGCCCUCCGUUCUUUCCCUCUUUCCAUGUGUGCAACCCCUCCCCCGGGUGAUAUGUGCUGCACACUGAGGUGUAUUUUUGUGAAUGUGUGUGAGUAUAUUUUAUAUUAUUAUUUUUUAUUUCUGUGCACCGUUGUGUGCACAAGCGCGCGCUUUUUUAACGACUGGCACACUAUCGCUACUCCACAAAACUCUUGCCCGUCACCCAGUCGCUCGUCCUUUUUUAAAUACGCGAAAAAAUAACCCUUGUCAGAAAAAACCCCUUCGAAGCUGAUCGCGCUUUAUAAUAAUGGAGGUAUCGCAAAUGCGUAGACCAACUGCCGCUUGGUUAGCUUUGUGCUGCAACAACCCAAAUUGCAAGCAAGCAUCACAUCGCAAAAAAAAACAAAAGCAAAUGGAGAGGAAUAAAUUUUAAAAUGAUAAUAAUACCAUCCUUACCGUUCCUUGGUGGACGGGAGCGAAUGUGGGCGUAAAUAUUUUUUAAAUAAAAACACACGUACAAAAAAACAUGUUGCAUGUAACGGUCGGAAGCGUUGGUACUCGCUUUGUAAGUUUUUUUGGGGUUUUUUUUAUCGAAAAAAACGGGCGAGAAAAUGGGGCUGAUAAACAAACGUUUUCAAAAAUUCCUGUUUUCCUGCAAAAAAAAUUUAAAGCAGCUGCCAUGUUUGUUGCGUUUAACGCGAAAGGUUUUCCCUUAUUUGUGGUAUUGAAAAUUUAUGUCACUUUUUUUCUUCAUACUUGUUUCAAUUUAAAAAAACGAUAAAGAAUUAUGCUCUUUAAGUUUCUUUUUAAUUAUAUUUUCAUAUUUUUCCCCACUAAAUAUGUUUAACGUAACAACUAUAUUUUCUGCAUAUUAAAUAUAAAAUGGAGACGCCUGGUGUUUCACGAUACGAUCAAUGUUCGGUCGCGUACUAUAGCUAAUCGGGCGCGUUCCCGAAUUAUUGCAAAUUCUCGCUACUCAAAUCGUGAACGUGAUGCAACAAAAUCCGUAAAUAAACCAGCCAGGAAAAGAUUAAACAUUCGAGUUCAUUAUAAACCGCCUGAAGGGGGCUGGUCGAAUCAAAGGUACACCUUUACCAUUUUUACUAGUUUUUGUUUUGUUUCCUACAAUCUGCUACUAGAUUAGGGUAAUAUAACGAAAAAAAACAGUGCCAGCCUGGGUAACAAAAAAAAAACAAUUCAAAAUUUAAGUAAGUACGUGCUGCAUGGUAUGACUCGUAUUCUCCAGCGUUGGUGAGCUUACCAGGAGUUUUUGCUUGUUAUUUUAUAAGCAAAAGGCGCACGAUAGUUUGGCCAGUAUGGUCGGUAAGAUAAGAACCCGUGCUGCCGUGUGGAACAGCGUGGCGUCUAAAAUAAUAAAAAAAACACAUCUUUUACAGUCUGCUAUCCUGAACAUCAACCUUAAAACGAGGCUGGAAACGCAAUAGUUCUCUUUUUCGAAGUAAGCGAGGUGAUGGAGGAAGUGGAAAGAGAGGAAGAAUGGAAACGGUGUUUGGUGAUCUUUUUUUUCGUAUAUAAUUCCCACGCUUCUUGCAGCAAUGGUCUUCGUCGGAGUGCAUUUAAGGUCCCGGUGCAGUACUGUUCUUGUUUGUUCAUUGGCUUUUUUAUUCGUUGAGUCUAUGCAUUUUCCUAGUUUGGCUAAUUUUUUUUACUAUUAUUAUUUUCACCCCCUCUUUUCAAUGCCAUGCCUCUAGCAGCACGAACGAGACCUACUUUAGUCUUGAUGUUAUACUUUUUGUUUUUCUUUUUUUGGGGUUCAGUUUUUGCUUUCCGUUGAUCCAAACGUUAAGCAAAGUGCAGUCUGGCACACUGCUACUUUGCUGAUAAAACUGCAAACUCCCAUCAUUUUACUUCACGAAACAACGAACAAGCGACAAACAAACAAACAAAAUGCACUCACACAAACACGCGCGUGGAUACACAAUUUUUGGAUACGGGCAAAGCGCCGGUGCAUUUCUUUAUCGUGCACACGUUUUUUCGGACUUUACCUAACCGGGUAGGGUUGGGUUAGAUGUUAGCUAGUUGGAUGCGGACAGACGAAGCUUGAAGCUGCUUGGGUGGUCGCUUCUAUACCAUUCCAUCGGUUCGGGCUAUGUGUAUUUUAUUUCGUUUCCGUUCCUUAUCUCACACCGUUGAUUUUGAACCUCGCUCACGCAGAUCACGUAAUGGUUGGAGAGAUGAUCAAACUAAAACACGGAAGGUUACUGCUUACAAAGGCACCUUUUUCUACAGUAGACGAUUUUCUGCCGGUAUUCCAAUGGUUUCAUGAAUGAUGUUUGCGUAUAUAAAUGCUAUCAUAGAACAUAAUAGAAGAAUAGAUUAUUCUUCAUUUAGGAAUUUUAAAAUUCUUUUCACUUUCCUUACUACACUGAACAAAAAUUAAAAUUGAAAAAUCUUAUCCGUUCGCUAUCGAAAAAAAACGGAAAUGAUUUACAAGCGAAGUCGGAGAACACAAGAAUGAUUUUUUUAAAUAAAUUUUACUAUAACUAGUAGUUUAAUGUUUGAUAUUUUGAUACUAUCUAACAUAUUAAAAAGCGGUUCGUACCAUAACUAUAAAAACAUGUAAUCGUUUGCUAAUUAAACAUACUUAAAAAGAGCACUAAAAGACCAGCGUUUUUGAAAAGAUUUGCAACAUAAAAAAGCAUAUUUUCACAUUUUUUUUACUACUAUUGCUAUAUUUUCUACCUACAUGAAACGGACUUCUACGUUAUGAAAACGAAUGCAAGAAAAUACCAAAAUUUAGAUGUUUAUAUGCCAUCUUUUAAAAAUUAAAAAAAAAUCUUUAAGGCUUUAAAAUGCCUCUAGUCUAGUUAAAAUGCUCUCAGUUAUCCAACAAUCAAGUAGUCAUGAUAAGAUUUUGUGUAUUACGAUUUUUAACAAUUUUAAUUUUUGUUACCUCAAGCUAUACAUCUUUUUAUUUCUCUUAAAUUAUGCUACAAUUAAACUGGAAUAUUAUUUAACAUUGACAAAUGUUGUUGCGAAGGCGAUGUAUUUCCUUUUUAAUUUUACUACUUUGAUUUUGUGCUAAUCUCCUUAACUAAUUAAUCGUAUAAUUUUGUCUAAGAUCUAAAGCGUUUCUUUCAAUUGUUUGUCACAACAAUUUGGAAAUAUAAUCACAACAUAAACUGUGUUUCUUUAACACUAGAACUACCGGACCAGUCAUUUUGACUGGAACGCUUCAUUUUCAUCACAUAAUUUUUUAGGGUUAAAUAAUUCUAAGGUAGGUGAAACAUGAGUUUCACAUAUAUAUUCUAAAGUACGAUCUGCAAUAAACAAUAAAAUAUACUCUAACUCUUCGAAAUUGUUUAAAAAUUAACCACAAACAAAAAACGCUUAAAACGCUUGGUAGUUCUAGUGUUAAACUAUCAUUUUGUAUAUAAAUGCUACAGUAGGUUUCCAUUUCCUUUCCCUGGAUGAUGAGCGAUCGGGAAUGAUUGCAAGUCCACGCAGCUUAUUGUCAACGCUAAUCAAUCAUACGCUGCCCAUUGAAACGAUUGCACACCACCAAAUAGCCGCCAGGCAACUGAUAAUACACUCGAAACCGUAUCGUCCGAUAAUCAGUUCACCAUCACUCGAAUGUUCCCUACCCCUACCGCCGAUAACGGCCAAUGUUGGAUGCGUUUGGGUGCUGUGUUAUCUCACCUGCCCUAUCGAAACAAAAAAAAAAAAACCCGAACUCAGGAGUCCGAUAACGGCAGCUCGCACUGUUGGCCGACUUUUGAUUAGCCAGCAAACUGUGUAUUGGGUAGACCAGCGGGAAGAUGUUUGCUUAUCUGUCACGGGGAGAGCGAAUAUGAUGCGCCCCCCCAAUCAUUGAAACGUUACAAACCAUGGUACAUAUGGAGCAGAGGGAGGAAAUUGAUCUGCCACGCUGAUAAUGGAACCAUCGAUAUGCGUUCCGUGAACUGUCUUCGAUGGGCUCACGGUUAUCAAUUAAACUCACCGUACAAGGUUGCCGUACAAACGAUGUUCAUCGUUUCGCCCAUGUGAAACAAAUCGAUCACUUUUGAAGAAUGAUUGCUGAUAGGCAGGAUAAGUGCGUAUAAGGGUUAACCAUAGCGCUAGUUGUAGUCGGGAAAUGGAGUCCUGUUUUACUGCUGAUACACGUUUCGAUAUACGUAAAUGGACAUUAGAAGAAUUGCGCUGCUCUGGAAUAAGGUCCCCCCACAAACAAGAGCACUACUAUAUUCAUAUAAACUAGUUAUGAACAAAGUCUGAAUCGUACAUAAAUGCAUCACCGGCAUAAAUAUUCAUAUCACACCUAACGUAUGUUUUGUCGCGAACUUCCCUGCCCUCUUACCUGCUUCCUCGCAUGCUCGAGCCGCAUAUCUGAAACAUUCGCCAGAUGCACAUUGCAUACCAGGGCAGAUAACAAUCGACCACCAGGGACGUACGACUCCAACCACGAGCUAUCGUCCGUAUCCAAGUGCAAGAAUCUUGCAAAACCCGGUACCCGGGCUACAACAAACGGGCAUCAAUCUCCGGCACUUCCGUCCGGACGAGUUCACGAAACGAUAACGCACCGGGUUUACGUCCAUGCGCAUCGCAUACCGCAUGUAUCGUGAGUGUUUUCCAGUUUUUUGGGGCGGGUGAAACAUUCGGAGAAAGCUACGUUUCGAGGAACGUACACGAAAACGGGGUCCGACUUUGCACGCGACAUCCAUCGUGACACUUUGAAGCUCCCAGUGUGUCAAGAUUACAUCUGGUGCCUUGUUUCCAGCGGUCCAGGCAACGGACGAUCACAAAUUUGCCAUCGAGUUCCACAGUAAACCAACAGUGACAUUCCAGGCCGUGCUGCGAGAAUCCGUACGCCCGAAGCUUGCCGCGUACAAUGUCACAGCGUAAUAGCGGCAGUAGCAGAGUUGUAGUAGUUGCGCUGCUUAUCGUAAGGUUUCAUUUCCGGAUAUGAAGUUUUAUCUUUCGCUCGUACUGUUUAUGUACGUUGUUCGCGUGAUACGCGCUCUGCCCGGACCUCGUUUACUCUCUUCGCCGUACCGGGUAGUACCCAACCCUUCCCACCUCAUGAAAGCGAGAGGUCUGAUCCCAUCAUGCUCCUUUAUUGGGACAAAUGUAGCGCCAAGUGCCAACUGUGGUAUACCAGACCACGUUCUCUACAUCAAAAAUGGUCCUAUUUUGCACAGUGGCUCGUUCUUGUCCGGCUAUGUGCGCUUAUGCCAUUUUUUGUUUGACCGUUGCAUCCGCCUGCAAACAGUGGAGAGAACUCCAACACUGACGACUGAAACGGGGGCUGAUAUUACAUGACCGAUCGUAGUGACCAUUGUCGAUAAGCGCCGGAUAGUGUUCUGACAGAUGAAUUUUGAUUUCUGAAUGCUUCUCUCGGUCCGGGAUGACCAUAAAACCAACGGUAGCUAUGCAUUGGGGACAGCCGUGUUUACUAACCUUUGAGGUUAUUUUAAAAUCAGAAAGUCCCAUCAAAUUGCUCCACAAUAGGAAGGAUUAAUCACAAAAGGAAGAAUUAAUCUGAAAAUUUUUGAAUAUCUGAGUUGAUAUAAAAUUGAUAAAAUUGGAAUUACUCACAAAGUCAACUCUUAAUUAUCAACGAUAUCCGUCCGCUAAUCAAACAAAGAAUCCAUACCACCAUUAAUCACAUCCAACACACCAGUGACAGUUUCAGACCGACAUGCGAAGGUAAUUGGGGGAGGGAUAUUGUUCGAUUUGUGAUCACCGUCCACCAUUACCAUCCGAGUUCUGGCUUCCGUUCUCGCAAUCGAAUCCUAUUCCGGAUUCGUUUGCGAAGCAACGACAGCACAAGCAGGCAAGGCCGGACUGGGCCCGUACGGCUAUGUCUUAUCGGCUGUUCCAAUCUUUCGUGUCGCUUAUCUGGACCGGCCUCUGCCACUCGAGUGGAGUUGCCUUGCCUUGGAAAUAAGAUUUGAGCAUCGGUCUCGAGCAGAACCUAGCGGUUUGACUCAUGGGCCAGACAGGAAGAAAGAAAGAGACCUCGUCCGAACGGACGAAGGGAAACGAACAAAGUGGAAAGGAACUGUUAAUAACGUUCCAUGUUUGACUAGCGAUAAAGUUAUGAUGAAUAUUUUUCGCUUAUCUUCGAUAUCGCGCCAGUUCGCUUGGCCGACUAGCCCUAGCCUCUGUCGUUCAUGGAUCGCGAGGGACGCGCACAGUCCACGGAAGUAAGGUGUUCGCGCGUCCGGUUUUCUUUGCCUACCAUCGGUUUCUUCACCGUGCUUUUUGGGGUAUCACCUUUUAGUGCCUUAUCUAGUGUCCGCCGAUGAGAGUGUGCAGGGCUCUUAGCUACCUAUGCGAUUGGAUUCUCUUCAGCUCGGACGCACGUUUGUGGGGACAUAUUAGGAGCGCCUCCGGGGGCUGUAGAUAUAGACCCACUGAUAGGAGUGUACAUUUACAUACCGGUACACUGGGCAAAAGGAGCACGGGCAGGGAGGUGAUAGGUGGAAAUCCAAUGGGCCAAUGUGGUUCUGAUAAGACUCGCCCAUACAUUUCGUAUUGGCAUUGGCGGCUGAAGAAGACGUUUUGGACGAUAGGUUUGACGAUCACCUUCGCCACCAUGUGCAGCCGUACGAUGUCUAAGAAUACUGGAUGGGAACCGGGGUGCUGGUGAGGCGGGGUAAGGUGUCCAAAUAUAGCUUCAUACCCAUAUCUCUAGCGCUCGUUAUCGGAGGAGCGGAUCUAGCGAGGGGUACUGCUUGCUGGGCCCUUCAAAUCAACAAACCAAUCUCUACACCCGGACCGUCCAUUCGUGCGCCGGCCUGGCCAUCCAGAUGCGAGGAUGGCUCUUUUCUUAUCUUCGCGCAAUUCGAUUAUAUCUCAAUCCUGGCGGUUGUAGUGGAGUGCAAGGGGCCAACAAGAUGUUCAUGCCCCGGCUCGUCUGUCGCUGUAGUGCUUGCGAUAUGCAGUGUGAAUGGUACACGGGGCGGUGGCCAACCGGGUUCAGUCGCAGAGUGACUCGCACCGCGAUAACAACGCACUGUUGUGCUGUCUGUGAAGCAUUUUGUAACGCACAACUAGUGAAAACCUUUUUUUAGCUGCUCGGGAGUGGUUUGAAGUGUCUCUGUAUGUGUGUGUGUGUGUUUCUAAAAAGAUUUAAAGUUUUAAUGAAGUAUGUGAUUAUCUAAGUCUUACAACAAAAUUUUAGUUAAUUAAACCUUUGACGCUCUGUCAAAGUAAAGUGCACUAUGUCAAUGUGGUAAAAGUGUUUAAAAAAAGCGAUAAAAAUUUUAAAGUGAUUUAAAGUGUCUCGUAGCCUAUUUGCCGUGAAUGUUCGUGUGUUCCAUAUAUCCGCAUAACCGCCACCGACCAGUGAUAGACGGCCACCAAAUGCAUCCCAAGCUGUACGAGCUGUUACGCUCGAGAAGCACGAAGAUCAUGCUCGGAGACGAUGAGGAAGCCGGUGACGAACACCACCAGCAGCAGCAGCAGCAGUCCCAGACUGUAGCGGAGGAAAACGGUGAUAGCAACAGCACAAUAGGAAGCAACAACGGUAACAACAACAGCGGGAACAGUAGCGUUAGUAAUAGCAAUCACAGCAGCCGAAGCAACAGUAGUACCGAAAUGAAUGGUGGCGGUGGAAUGGACGGAGCUGGUGGUGGUGGUGGUGUCGGGCAAGAGACGGAAAUGAGCGAUAGAAGCCCACCGCGACCGGUAGCGACACCUUCGCCUGCAGACAACCAUCCAACCCCUGGCACAGCAUCCGAUGCUGGUGAUCCGGACAGUGGUGACACACCGGCAGAUGAAACGAUGCUGUCGCUGCGUGAAAUUAAGCAAGAACCGAACGUAGAACAAGAAACGACAGGCAAAGAGCAUAGACCCGGUUCGACUAGCUCCUCAUCCCAAGGCCAAACGCCCUCACCAACGCCCGUACCGAUGCUGCGGCUAAAUGUGGCCCUUGCGUCCGAUCCGGCCGCUAAUCCGGACGCGAAAGAUCUCAAACAUCUUAGCGAUGCUGAAGCCGCCCUCGAGGAGAAGCAAUCUCAAUCCCAACAGCAACAUGCGCUCAAUAUGGCCAUCGGUCCACCGCCUGCACUGCAAUCGCUCGGGGGCAAUACACCGCCAGCUUUACUUAGCCGUAAACCAACGCCAUCUCUCAAAGGGCCUGAACUAACGCUGCCGGUCGAAUUGCCACCACGGCUUCCCAUGUACAUAUGUGGACCCUGUGGCAUUCGCUUUUCCUCCGCUUCGACGCUCGAAGCACACCAAACGUACUAUUGCUCGCAUCGCAAAGAUGCGGACGAUGGUGGUGGCGGCGGUGGAGGAGGAGGAAGUGGUGGCGGAACUGGUGGGACAGGAUCCAAUGCUGUGUCGGCGGGUGGUGCAUCCACUGGUGCAACCGGUGUCAAGAAUGCACAUCCAGGCGGCGAUGGCACAGGCGAACCACCGGCAAAAGCACUUAAAACUGGCAAACAGUACGCCUGCUCGCAGUGUUCGUACAGCGCGGACAAGAAGGUAUCGCUUAACCGACACAUGCGCAUGCAUCAGUCAUCUCCAUCGCCAUCACCGGUCGGUGCGAUCGUAAACGGAGACGACGCGGUCGUUCUCGCUGGCCACCACCAUCAUGCCCAACAGCAGCAGCAACAGCAGCAACAACAGCUUCAGCUCAUCCAAGCGCAAGCAGUUGCCGCUGCCGCAGCCGUACUCCAUCAACAGCAGCAGCAGCAGCAGCAACAACAACAGCAAGGACAACAAUCACAAGGACCAGCACCACAGGUCGAUCGUUAUUGUUCCGACUGUGAUAUACGAUUCUCCAGCACCAAGACAUAUCGGGCGCACAAACAACACUACUGUAGCUCGCGCCAUCGGGAAGGCCAACAGUCGAACAACUCGACGCCGAAACCAUCCGCUGCUCCAAAGUCGGGUUCGCAGAGCCCACCAGACGUGCCGAAAACGCCACCGGUGGCCGCCAGUCAGCAACCGUUUCUGGCCCUGCCUACAAACCCCAUCAUCGUGAUACCGUACUCGCUGAUCCGUGGUGCUAGCGUUAUUCCGGGUUUGCUCUCAUCCCUUGCACCCGGUGUGGCCAACCCUGAAUCGGCUUGUUUUAUCUUUCAAAACGGAAGUUUACAACCGAUCGCAAUGUCGCUAGCGUCACAGGUGCAAGCAGUGACGGCUGCCAUAGUUCCGGGUUCCGGGUUUGAAGGAUUGGUAGGCCACAAUCAAGCACAACGACCUACGCCAACAUCCGGUGCUAUUAGUUGCAAUCAGCAGCAGCCACAUCAGCAACAACAACAGCCUUCCCGAGGACCUACGCCAAACAUAUCAAACAGUAGCGAUAACAACAGUGUCCAUAGUGGUGGUUCUGGUGGCGUUGGUGGUACAUCAUCAACUGGCGAAGUGCUUAAAGCGAUCAAUAAGCGGGACAAUUCUUGUAACAAAGAGCAACCGACCGGUUCUACUCCCCUCGAUCUUUCGGUACGACGACUAUCACCCGGUGCAAUAGGAAGUUUAAGUCUCCGGGAACGAUCGCUCUCACUGUCGUCGGCGGUUUCGGCCGAUCCACGGCUUGAUUUCGACAGUCUCAUGGAGGGUAAAGAGAAUUUAUCCGUGAGCGGUGAUUCGCUCACACCGGAACAGAUUGUGUGUGCACCUUCGUUGCCCGGUAGUCCACCGCUUACACCCUCACCGAAACGUCGCUCUAACAGUCCCCGCGGCGGUGGAGGCCAACCAGUAUCAGCCACCGUAGCCGCAGCAGCAGCAGCCGCCGCCGCAGCCGCAGCAGCUGGACAGCAUGGUCUCGGUGGCCCUGUCGGUGGAUUAUCCAUUUCUCCGCUAACAUUGCAGCAGCAACUUAUGCGACCAUUGUUACCGGCUGACAUAGCACUACGCCUGUCGGCCGUUGGUGAUCCGGCCGUUAAUCUGAACCUCAACAUCCUGCCCAACGCACAUCCGCUACUGACGAAGCAAAGUGUCGAGCUGGCGCUUCGACUUUCCUCCACGGGUGGUUCCGCUUCCGAUGGGUUGACGAAACCACAGAUAUCUCCACUGCUCAAUAGCAUCUCUCCCACGGGUGGUGGCCCGGUGGCUGUAUCCAGCGGCGGAUCCACCACCGUUCUCUCAUCCCAAUCGCCCCAAAUCUUCGUAAAGCAGGGCGAUUCGAAAUGCAAGGAGUGUAACAUCGUGUUCUGCAAGUACGAAAACUAUCUCGCCCACAAGAAACAUUACUGUUCCGCACGCAACCAGGACGAUGGUGAGCUGCCCAAGGUCAGUCCACCGAUUUCGCCCCAAACGUUAGCGGGCGGUACCGUGCCGUCCGGUGCUAGUCCGGCAAUUAGCGUAGGUUCGGUUGCGUAUCAGCAGCUUAUCUGUGCGGCCUGUGGUAUCAAGUUCACCUCGUUGGAUAAUCUCAGCGCUCACCAAAUGUACUACUGCCCGAAGCGGAUCGAUGCCACACUACCAGUGAACGCCACACCGACCGCUGUAGUGACAGCGCAACCACACAAGGAACGUUGCUCCAAAUGUAAAAGUAUGCACGAACCAGGCCAACCGUGUACAGUCGCCGGUCACGGUGCGUAUAAAUGUCCGAUCUGUGAGGAGAUCAGUCCCAACUCGACUGAGGCACGUCGCCAUAUGGAUACGCACGGUGGCGUAAAGGCGUUCCGAUGCACGAUCUGCCGGUACAAGGGUAACACACUACGUGGUAUGCGUACACACAUUCGGAUGCACUUCGAUAAGAAAACGAGCGAAUUUAAUGAGGAAAACUUUAUCACCUGCAUACUGGAAGAGGACGGAAUUGAAAUACCACCGGCAGGAGCACAGAAUGCAGCUGCCAUGGCCGCUGUUGCUGCUGCACAAGCGAUCGCAUCUCAAAAGUUCGCACCGGUACAGGAACCGCUUGAUCAUACGGGCGUCCCGCGCAUUUCACCACCGACAGCACCGGCUGGCAAUGGGCAGCUUGUGCGGCAUCACUGUGAGUUUUGUCCGUACAGCUCCAGCUAUCGGGUGAAUGUGGUUAAACAUAUCAAACACGUACAUGGGCGGGAAAGGCCGCCAACUGGCCACUCACCAUUGAUUGGUGAAGGAGGUGAAUCUUUGCUGUACAAUGGUACGAUCGGUAGUGAAACGGGCAGUUCCAUUGUACGACCACCGGUUGCGAGCACACCAGGACUUACCGUUGCAAAUAGUCAAGUCAUUAAAACGGAACCAAAGGAUGAUACGACGAACAGCAGUGAACUGCAGGAGGAUACGGAUACACCGGACAUUAAUGUGGACGUAGUGAUGGAGGAACCGGCGAUCAAAACGGAAGUCUUUGAUCCACACAUGCCCUCACUCAACUCACCACUCGGUUCGCCACCGUCACCACUUUCUUCUUCCGCCGUAUCGACCAUGGUACCGGGGGCCACUGUUAGCCAGAAAACGAAAUCUCAUCCAACAGCGAAUACAACAAACUCACCACCAUUGGAGCAGGGUAUUAAAACACCUUCACCUCCGACAGUGGAGACGCCCGGUGGUUCACCAGCCGCACAGCAGCUAUCUGUCCUGCCGCCCGGUCCCAAGUACUGUGACACGUGUGAUAUCACGUUCAACUACACCAACACGUACAUAGCGCAUAAGAAAUUCUACUGCAAGGCAGCGAUCGCAGCAGCGUCGGCAGCGGCAAAUGUCACUACCAACAGCACGAGUGGAUCGAUUGUUGGACGGCGUAGUGCAUCCGCGUCACCUAGCCGGGCAGCAACCGGUGGUGCAACAAGUCCUGCCGUUGCGGUAGCCGUCAAUCGAGCGACGGAAACAUCGGUUUAAGGAAAAGAAAACACACACACCUGUGCAAAGUCACCGACGAGAGCAUUACCAUGUGUAUACGAAGUUAAAGUUUAGUCAGAUCGUGAUCUUGUAAGGACAGAGAAAAAAGAGGAUCGCCUCCGAAUUGUGUAUUUGUCAACGGGGGAGGGGCGGGCAUUUAAAGUAGUUCCUUACAGAAAAGGUAAACAUUUCCCAAGGAAUAAAAACAAAAAAGUGUAAAGCGAAAAGAGUGCGGAACGGAACACGGAACAAUCAAUGUUUAGCUUACUUACUCUACGAUCUUUCAUUCGUAGCCUUGCACACAGACAGACAUACGAUCAGGAAGAACGUAAGCAUGAUGGAACUGAUAAGGAAUAUUUGCUGAUAAAAGUAAAAGUAAAGCUUAACCUUACCCAUUGUCUCCCUUAAUGCAGAAGCAUUUAAAUACUAAUAGUAAAAUAGUACACGGGUUUGUGUCCAGCCAACAGGGGAGGCUAAUCUUCGCUCUGUUCAAUCCUUUUUCUGCAGUAAGUUGGGAGCUUUUUAGUUCAAUUGAUUUUGUUCCCUUGUCGCCAUAUAAAAAGCGAUCACCCCGCCGCUCUGUGGGCGUGCGUGUCUGUUACGUUAAAGCCUGAGUUUUUACCAAAGUGUUAUUCGGUUUAAUUUUUAAAACAAAAAUCACACGCACGGGGAAGUUUAACGCGGUGAUGAUCAGCCAUUAAGUUUAGAGGUGGAAUAUUAUUAUUUUUUUUUUAAUGUAUAACAAUUUCGUUCAAUGCAAACAACUGCUUCAGUUAGUGCGGGUUAGUGUAAAAUGUUACGUGUAACACCAGUAAACAAUAAAUAACAUAAAACAAAGGAAAGGUUGACUUCAAAAUAAAACAAAAAUCUUAUCAUGAUGAUUUUGUCUUGUGGGAUUGAAGGCAAAUAGAGAAAGGGUACGAAGAAGGGCGCAAGGUGCCAAUUAAAGUGACGUAGUACGAAUGCGCGCGUGUGUGUGUGUGUCUGUAUGUGUUUGUGUGUCUGUAUUGAGAAGGCGUUAGGGUAUAUAUUGCGAUUAUAUAUUAUACAUCGUAUACAUACAUACACGUCUUUUCUUCGCAUAGCAUAGCAAAAGAGAGUCCGUGUUACGGGUGAAUAGUCCUUAAUUACCAUCGUAGAUGUUUAGCCAUUUUGUAGCACCAUAAGGCCACCAUCGGAGCAACAUCCGUGCUGGUGCGUCGAUAUCAAUUCCACAUAAUCGCGUCAUGUAGUAGCAAUCUUUAGGUGGGAUCGUUAUGAUCGUUGUUUAGGGUUUGCGCUUUAUCCUAUGCUCGAAUUGUGCAACCUUUCUCUUCUAUGAGAUGCAAAUUUGGGAAGAAAGCGGGAACGAUUCCGGACGGUAGGAUGAUCACGAGAUCGCCAUAAGGAUGUGUACUAUACAAAGUGAAGUUUUUUUUUUUUGUUUUGUUUUGCACCCUAACCCUUACUGAAUGUACCGCUUCACCAACCAAAAGAUUAUCAAUGGAUUUGUCGUUUAAUAGGUGGAUUAAUAGAAAGGGGGGAAAAACAAUAAAAUUUCAAUUUUACACCCCGCAAGACUUAGAAAAAGAUGAUAAAAGUAGGAGGGAAAGUGGUGAUGAAAUCAAUUCAAACGUAAAUUACCAUUGCAUGAAGUGAACGAUGAAUUACGAGUAAACUAAGCAAAAGAUGAAACAGUAAAACAUACUGUAAACACACUUUCUGGCGUAUGUAUGAAUGGUAAAAUCGGCAGUUCAAAUACAGCGUUAAUACUUCAUCAUCAUAACGAUCGUAAAGCAGAACAGUUUUGGGGCAGAACGUUUUCAGACUUAAAAAGCAAAUGACAAUAAAUUAUUAUUUAUUGAAUAUCCUAUAAAAUAGAUGCACACCAAACUGCUGUUACGCACGGACGGCAAUAUGCGAACAACCGCAAAAGAUCUGUAAUAAACGUUAAUGAAGGAAACAAAUAAAUCUACUGGAGUAAAACAAUAAAA